AAGAGGAAUUGCACAGUCUAUUCACCUCGAAUAAACUACAGCUGUGCUGCCUUGUUGCUGAGUGUCGGUUGGUUAGUGCGAUACCUCUAAUACUGGACUGCCUCUUUGCCCUAAAACUGCUAAACGCCUUUGAAAAGCGGACUCUUCAGAUAACUUCUUAAGUUGUCAUAGUUCGUGAAGCUGGCGGCAUCAAGCUGAGAUAUGGCCGUGCACUGCUGGCGCACGGUGGGUCCACGACGAGCAGUCCCUCGACACGACGCGAUUCCUUUCCAUUCGCCAGCAGCCGCGCUGCAAGCAGGCGUGAAGCGCUUGCGAUCAGCAUUCUUUCAGUCAGGCUUGCAACAGUAUUGUCGCCGGCGGACCUUAUGCAUUGAGGAAGCGCUCUCCCUCAGAGGCGAGGGUUUGCCGGAUGAAAACUCGCUGCACAUCGCUAAAGGAGCAAACAGCAACGACAAGCCCGGAGUGCAGCCCGCUCGGCGGCGCAAUUCUAGCCGGAACUUGAGUUCCACUGAGGCGCAGGCCUCGCGCGGCACCAUAGACAUGGAGACUCUUCCGCUGAUACCAAGAGCUCCCGCACAGUCGUACUCUGCACGGGAAGCUGUGCUGCGGACCACCACCGGUGGCGCCAACAGCAGCAGCAGCAGCAGUGGAAGCGGCAGUGGCGCGGGGCAGCAGGGGCAGCCGACGCCCCCGGGCUUCAGCUGGGAGUACCUGGUGCUGCUGUGCACGCUGGGAGUGGUGAUCUGCUACGCCGACCGUUCCAACAUCUCCACCGCAGUGUUGCCCAUGGCACAGCAGUUUGGGUGGGACAAGGCUUACCAGGGGCUGGUGCUGUCGGUGUUCUUCGGCGGGUACGCCACCACUCAGAUCCUGGGCGGCAAGCUGGCGGAUCAGCUGGGGGGCAAGAUGGUGCUGGCGGCGGGGGUGGCACUCUGGUCGCUGUUCACCUUUGCGACGCCCGCUGCCGCCGCCGCCGGUUCCCUGCCGCUGAUGACUGCCCGGGUUAUGCUGGGAGUGGGCGAGGGGGUGGCGUUUCCCUCCAUUCACUCGCUCAUUUCCCGUAACGUGCCCGCACGCAGCCAAACGACCGCCGUGGGGAUCGUCACGGCCGCCUCCUACGCUGGCACUGCCCUGGCUUUCGGCGUCAGUCCCUACCUCAUUAGUCGCUUCGGCUGGGAGUGGGUGUUCUACGGCUUCGCUAGCCUGGCGCUGCUGUGGCUGCCGCUGUGGUUGCCGGUGGUGACGCUAGAUCGAUUCAGGGCUUCCGGGCAACAACAGUCGACGAUAGCGACUGGAGAGGAACAUCUGGCACCUUCUGAUGGUUCAGAUGGCAGUUCGUCACUAACUGCUGCUAGCUGCGGUGAUGCCGGGCAACUGGGAGCAGCUUCAUCCUCAUCUUCAUCGCCUCCCCUAACAUCAUCAUCAGUGAACACAACAACAACAACAACAACAACAGCAAUGACUGCAACAAGAACGACACCACCCGCAGUAGCAAUAACAGCAACUGCGCCGGUAGAUAUGUGGGCGCUGUUACGGCGUCGGGAGGUCAGGGCCAUCUGCAUCGCUCAGUACGCUCAGAGCUGGGGAAUGUACGGCUUGCUGAACUGGCUGCCCACGUUCUUUUCCGAGUACUACAAUAUACAGCUGGCGGAUCUCGGUUCGUACACGCUGCUGCCGUACGUUUUCCAGGGCGGUCUGGGUGCGGCCACGGGGUUCAUGGCGGACCGGCUGUUGAGAUCCGGUUGGCGAGUGGGGACAGUGCGGCGGAUGCUGCAGGUUGCAGGCAUGCUGGGUCCCGCCGCUUGCCUCUGCCUGGCGGUUUCCCCCCUGGUUGGCUCCUCCGCGCAGCUCGCCUCCGGCCUCAUUACGGCGGGUCUGGGCCUCUCAGCGCUCACCCUGGGUGGUGUGUCCGCCAGCCACCUGGAUGUGGCGCCGCGCAACGCGGGCCUUGUGUUUGGAGCGGGUAACACAGCGGCCACACUGGCGGGUUUGGUUUCGGUGCCGGUGACUGGGUUCCUGUUGCAAACCACCGGCUCUUGGCCGCUCGUGUUUGGGAUUACGGCGCUGCACUACGUGGUGGGGGCGGCGGUGUGGGCCGCCUGGUGCGGGGAGGCACCGCUUCCGGAGGAUGGAGGAG